GCGCCCGACUGUGAUUGUGAUCAUUUAAGAUUUUCUGCAUUUUACGGAUGUUUCAUUUUAAAAUCCUAUUUCUUUAAGUAUUUAAAGUUUGUAUUACGUGUAAUAGAGGUCUGCUAAUUAAGUACAGUAAGACCAAGCUUUAAAAUGAAUGAAGACAUAAAUGUAACUUUUAUCAUACCUCCCGAUUGCAGUAGCGAAAAUGAAUGUUCUGACGAAAUGCAGCUGGCUUUUACCGCGUGUGAACAGCAUAGUGGAGGUGGGCUCAAAGCACAGUGGGUCCAUCAGGCCAACUGGGAUAAGUUUGAUGGACUCACCAAAAAAGAUGUGUUUGUUUUGGCUGAAUUUGAUGGUGACUUUUAUGAGAAAUUGAGAAGUACAAAAUGCUUGCUAGUUGGGCCCAGAUGUCUCUCAUGCUGUCUAAUGGAAGGAACAGCUAUUCCUGCUGGACCUGUGUUCACGGUUGCUAUGAGGGGCCUAGUGAUCACUGCAAGCGGCAUGACUAAGCAGCAAAAGGAAGAUAUUAAAAAGAAGGUUCAAUGGAUGGGAGGUCAAUACUUUACAGUGUUAGCUGAGGAUAGCACACAUUUAAUUUCCAAUACUGUGCUUUCUGAUAAGUAUAUUAAAGCAGUGGAAAGGAACAUACCAGUGAUGGGCGAGACCUGGGUAGACGCGGUGUGGGAGGCCUCCCUGCAUCUCAACAUCAACGGGGCAUCCUCCGACUUCAAUGAAUACAGAUUACCUACGUUUGCUAAUUUACAGGUCACAACCACAGGGCUAUCGAAAAAGGAAAAGCUUAAGGUGAUGAAGCUUAUAAACGAAAAUGGCGGAACAUUCACCGGGGCGUUCCAAAGUGAAGGCACAGAUGUUGUGGUGUUGACAAAAGAUGGAGUGGGCAGUGAAAAAUACAAAGCGGGAUUGGAAUACGGCAAAGCAUGCGUUUUACCUUCUUGGGUAAUAGAUUCAGCCGCCAUGGGCGUGUGUUUACCGUUCAUCAGGUACAGAGUCGCUGGCGCUUCCACAUCGUCGCCGCUCGCCGAGCAUCGUCUGCCGGAUAUGAGUCUCAACUUUUCGCGCAUAACGAAUGUCCGGCCUCCGAGCAAUUUCGUGGACGAAAGUAGAUCCAUCAAUAUGUCAGCGGUAUCUGGAAGAAUGAAGCUAUCUCAGGAAGGCAAGAAGUCGCACGAGACAUCGGUCGACAAGGAGAUGUUGUCGGAAUUCGAAAAGUUCGACAUGAGUUGCAUCAAGGAGGCUGGACCUAUUUUUGAUGGAUUUUGUAUCUGGAUAACAGGUCUGGAAGGUAUAUGUCGCGAGCGCGCUGCGGCUUGUGUCUCCCGCUGCGGCGGCGUGCGGUACGACUGUCCACACGAGCGCGUCACGCACGCACUAGCGGGUACUACUGCGGCUGCGAGUGCGGCGCUCGCUGCGCUGCCCGCUGUACCCGUACUGAGCCCGCUCUGGUUACUGCGCAGCGUGCGAGCGGGACGGGCGCUAGACGAGACGGAGUACCUAAUCGAGAACAAAGUCACAACUCCUGUGAAGUCGAGCGCUCGCAAGCCCAGAGUCGAACCCGCGUCCCCUAUGAGCAAGCGAAACCUGCAACUACUGAGGCGCAAGCCGCUGGACUUGCCGCCUCCCACGCCGGAAGUUGCGGAGCCGCACGAACAGCACGAUGACAUUGUCAACCAUUAUUUAAGUCAAAUAGUUGUGGAACCUCAGGAAAAGACCCCGGAACCUCCUGAGCCAGCACCAGAACAACCUAACAUCACCGAAGACAUCACCGAGCAACCCACCGAAGAAGUGGAGCAGAUAUUUAGAGGUAUAAAGAUUGAAGUGAACGGUCUCGACGAGGAAGCGAUCUGUGAAAUUGGAGCAGAAGUGGCGGCCGCUGGCGGCCUCCUAGUGGCUUCCGGAGCGGGUGGAGACUAUGUGCUGGUGCCAUUAGAUUGGGAUGCCACGUCGUCGCCUGUAGAGAACAUUACCGUGUUUUGGAUUAAAGACUGUCUCUCGCAACAAGAGUUGCUACCGAUCCAGUACUACCAUCGUCCCGUGAAGUUGCCGCAAUGGGACGGGCCUGGACCUUUGGAAGGCGUCGUGGCCAGUCUCAGCACGUACUGCGGUUUUGAAAGGGCUUUUCUAGACGAGCUGGCUAAGUUAUUAGGGGCUGUAACUCAACUUCGUUUCUGUCGACGCAACACCGCUAAUGCUUUGGCAUCCACUCAUCUCAUAUGCCCGACACCAAUUGGGGAUAAGUACCAAGGCGCGGUCAAAUGGAAACUGCCGGCUGUGAACGCUGAUUGGUUGUUGGAGUGCGCUAGAACUGGAACCAGGGUCAGCGAGAGUGAUUACCUUGUGGGGGACACUAGAGCACCAGUUCUCCCCAUACCUCAAGAAAUUCCAAAAGAACAACCAGCGGAACAAACUCACAAACAGAUAGAAAUAGAACAAGAAGAUGCAACAAAAGACGCAGUAGACAAAGAAAACGCCAUGCUCCCACCAAAGGUUGCGAACGUACCGAGGCGGGGCUCUGUGCCCAGUAGAGAACAGACUCCUAAGGGGAAAAUUACCAAUGACGCUGACAUGUCGCCAGCCUCCCGAUACAUAGCGAUGGCUCGACAGGGGCUGUUCGGUGGCGAAUCGCAGGAGACCCCCAAACGGUUGCUAGAACUGAAAGAUGAUGCAAGACAAGGUGAUGCAGCAUUCCAAACUCCGCCUUUGGACGACGCGUUGUCAACUCCCAACCUCAUGCUAUUAAGUCCAACCAGCCGGAGAAGAUUGCAAGCCAUAAAACGAGGAGAAAUACCUUCGGACUCCUUACGGACGCCCGUGGAUCCAUUCGAGAAAAAGACUGACACGCCGGACAGUGCAUUCGGGGCGAUACUGCGGCCUGACACGGGGCGCCUGACGCCGGAGUCGCGGAAGUGUCUGUGGAAAGUGGUGCAAGACCUGCCCUCCAAGCCGCAGACGCCUACAGAAGUUACACACCACGCCACUCCUCUCUCCGAGAUCCGGAAUCGGUUUUUGGCUCAAUUCAGCUCGGACACGCGGACUCCGCCCUCGGACCAUGCCGCGGUCCCUAGGAAACUACAUCUAGGAGAAGAUGCUGAAACUCCGCCAUCUAAAAUGGCCAAAUUUAAUGAAGAACAGUGUGCCGGCGGUGUAAACACAUCGAGGGAUAAUGACAGCACAAAAAGCGCUUCAAGCACCAGCAGCUCCUUGCCAGCGGCGGUAGACGCUCAGCUGCAGCUGCUCAGCGCGGCGCUCACCGGCCGGCCCAGUCUGCCGCGGAAACGGACGCGGGUCUCCGUCGCUGCGAACCCAGGACCUGAAAUAGAAACAGGGCCUGAAUCUCAACCAAACACGGUGGGUUGGGAUGACACCACACCGGUGAGGCAAGUCAAGAGAUUCAUGCUGUCUUCAAAUGUCGAAAACCAUGAAGAAAUAGCGGAAAUGAUUCGUUUCCUUGGCGGGGAGGUUUCCGAGGGGGGUGAGUUGGACCUGGAGGCCACACACUUGCUGUGUUCGGCGCCGGGGCGCAGUGAGAAGAUGCUGGGUUCCGUGGCGGCGGGGAAGUGGGUGCUGCACCCUGCUUAUGUGGCUAGGAGUCGAGCUGUUGGGAAGUUUCUGCCGGAAGAAGAAUAUGAAUGGGGCAACCCCCUCGCAACUUGCUUACCCACACUGUCUGGGGCAGAAAAGACCCUCGGCAGAGCGGCGUAUCGCUGGCGAUCUAGUCGCGCGAUGGGUCGCCCGGGACCCUUCGCUGGGAUGACCGUACUAUUGCACAUGCCGGCUGCCAGAAAACGGUUACUGGCGAAGUUGCUGGAAGUUGGAGAAGGAACUUCUGUAGAUGAUGAGCCACCAUACACAAACGACAGUGUCCAAGUAUGCUUCGCUGACAUAAAACGCUGCCCGCUUUCCGACCGCGACGCUGCGUGGCUUGUAUCGAAGCGUAUACCCGUCUGUCUGCCAGUGCUUCUCAGUUCUUACCUCACAGAAGAUGUGCCUCCGAACCCGGUCGAACACUGUCUACCCGAUUAUAGACCUAAAUGAACUGUUAAUAGUGUUCAUUUUACCUUUUACUGAAAUAAAGUAUGCGAUAGAAUUUUGUUUUAAAUAAAUUACUAUAGAAAUAGCUUAGUAUCGAAGCGUAUACUAGUUUGUCCGCCAGUGCUUCUCAGUUUUUAACUUACAGAGAAUACGCCUCUGAACCCGAUCAAACACAGUCUAUCCACUAUAGACCUAAAUGACUAUAUGAAUAGAGUUUAUUUUAGCGUAUACUGUAAUACGCAGGUGAAAAAGUUUUGUUUUCAAAUUGCUAUUGAAUUGUAGCUUAGUAUCGAAGAGUAGUUUGUCCGCCAGUGCUUCACAGUUCCUAAAUGUUUUAUCAUUUAUCUGAAGGCAAUUUUUUUUUAAACUGCUAUCGAAUUGUGGACAUUAUGUAUACGUGCCGCCAAAUCAGUUUCAUCACUGAUGACUGAUUAUAAACCUUAUUGAUCUAUUCAUAGAGUUUAUUUUAACUUGUACUCUAAUAAAAAGUAUU